CAUUGUAGGACUGACCAAUUCCUCUUUAAGAGUGAUGUUCUGCAAAAGCCUUCAAAGGAAGCAGAGCAUGAGGCUCAUCUGAGGAGGAGUACCACCUUUAAAACUGUUGAGGACAGCUGAAGAGAGAGUCACCGACACAGACGGAAUGACAUUUACUGCGGCUGUCAGAUGUCAGAUAUGUUUGCCUGGUCAGAGGUCUACAGAUGUGAAGAAAAACAGUAAUAUGUGGAGAAGACAUAAGCUGAUAGAUGGAGAAUGUGCAAACAAUACACAGACAGUGACCUUGGCUAAGAUCUGAACGUUGGACUCCAGAGCUGUCACACAGUAACUCUAACUAUUGCACCACCCUGAAAACAAUAUGUAAUAAAACUGUAGAUAGCAUUUUAAAUUUAGUAAACCCCAAAACAGCAAGCAUUGUUGUACUGAUUUCUAAAAUUCUUCUUAAUAUCCUUGCCUCUACAUGAGCAGAAAUCUCAAUUUAAUGAGAAUGUAAAGCCCCACAUAUUUCGAUAUUCAACCAGCUCAUUUAAUAUUUUGGAUCCAUAUUUGUAACUCAAUCUACUUACAUGCAGCUUUUGCUAUCAAAGAUGUGAUAUAAAGAGCAGCACUUGAUCAAUAUAAGCACCACGCAGCAAAGGUAAAGCACAUUUAGAAUUCUCUGUAAUCCUCACCUCUGAAAUCCUUAAACUGCCAUUAAACACCUUAAAGCUCUCUCAGUCUAAUCAAGUUUGGAUCAAGAAGAAAGACUGAACAUAAAUAAGAAGACCGCCAAUCUUCAGUUCUGAUCACAAAUCAUGAACAACUGUCACAUCGACUUCAGCUCACAAAGAGAUCUUCUCCCUGGUCUCUAUGGUGCCAUCUUCUGCGUGGCACUGCCCACAACCUGUCUGGCACUUUAUGGCCUAUACAAACUGCUUAAAGCAGAGGAUUCUCUUCCAGUAUAUGUGAUCAACCUUCUUUUAACAGAUAUCCUUCAGAUAGUCACGCUGCCUCUGUGGAUUGACUAUUAUAAAAAUGGACAUGUGUGGCGUUUUCAUGAAGUGACUUGUGACAUUUUUGGUGUGCUGCUGCACAUAAGUCUCUUUGGCAACGUUGGAUUUCUAAGCCUGAUUGCUGUGGAACGUUAUAUAGCCUUUGCUCAUCCUUUAUGGUAUAAGAAUUUCCGGAGGCUGUCUAACGCCUGUAUUCUAUGCUUGGUAUUGUGGGUUCUGUUCACAGGAAUCAGCCUUCUUGUCUGGUAUUUCAUAAGAGGAAACUCAAAAGAUCACCUCUGCUUUGAGAGUUAUCCAGCAUCAAAUACGUUCUCCAUUAUGUGUCUGAGUAUGUCUGUUUUCUGGUUCCCAUUGCCUCUUGCACUCCUCAUCUUUAUUUACAUUCGCAUUGAGAAGAUCUUAAGAAGUUCAAAAUCAGUUCCAGAUGAAAACAAGGUGAAAAUAAAACACCUUCUCAUCACUAUGGUGCUAAUAUUUAUUUUGGUUUAUGGGCCCUUUUGUACCACAGCUUUCAUCAGAUAUGUUGGAUUAUUAAUCGUAUCUGACAAAUGUCAACAUGAGUCAAAAAUGUUUUAUGCUUAUAGAUGUACAUUUGCAUUGCUCAGUGUUACAAGUCUCUUGGAUCCAGUCUUCUACAUAUUAAUCUCCAAAGAUAUUCGUAAAGAGCUGCAGGAACUUUGCCCAUUCAUCUUUAGACGACUGUGGCCAGUGAAUAGCAGUUCAGUUUGAAAGAGUCCCACCAUGA